CAUUACGAUUUACUCGUCUAUAGUCAUCUAUAGUCUAUAGUUGUCGACAGUUGUGGACAGUUGUCGAUACAUGUUCGUUGAAGAAUUUCGUUUAUUAAAUCUCGUAUUAGCUAAUUAAAAAGCACUAGCCAUGGCAGAAUUCGUGGAAAAACGAUGCGAGGACAUGAUUCCUGAAUUGGAACAAAUGGAGAGAAUUAAAUUAUUCGAUAAAAAUGAAAUUCGAGGAAUCGCAAAGAAACUGAAGGAGAAUGAAUACAAAAUUCAACGACUUACAAAAACUAAAGAAGACUAUUUACGAUAUAUACAAUACUUGAUGGACCUUCUUAAGUUGAUCAAACAACGUAGAGAUAAAUUUGGUAUUAACCAAAAAAAAUCGGAUAUCGAUCAUAUAAUUACAAACAAAAUGAAUCAGUUAUAUAAAGAUGCGAUAUUUAAAUUCCAAGAUGACAUACGUUUCUGGAUUGCGUAUAUGAAAUUUUGCAAACACGUUCAAUUUCAAAAUAGCGUUAGUCGCAUGUUGGGCAGGAUGCUACAAGUACACCAAGAUAAACCUAAAUGUUGGCACAUCGCGGCUCGUUGGGAGUUGGAAGAAAACAAGAAUAAGCAAACUGCUCGUCAAUUUCUGCUUCGUGGUUUACAUAUACAUCCGACUUCUCAAUUAUUAUUUAUAGAUACUUUCAAAUUAGAAUUAGAAGACGCAAAGUUGGAUGAACAAAAACACGAGAAUACCGAUUCUGUAACGCCAACGGUAACAGAAGACGAUAUGAGUAUUGGAUUGAAAAGGGCUUAUAUCGUAUAUCAACAAGCAUCGAAACAUAUAAAAGAUAUUAAAUUCAUAAUAGAAUUGCUCGACGCAACAAAGGAGCAUAGCAAUACAGAAAAAUUACAACAUAAAAUUGUUAGCGACAUGAUAGAAGAAUACGCUCACGAACCUCUAAUGUGGGAUACAAUGGCACGACGGGAGUUGGAAGGACUUGUUCAACCUACCGUUGACGAUGCAACAAUGGAAAUGGAUACUUGGAAACAAACCUCGUUGAGAGACCGUAUAACGUCCUGUAAUAAAGUUUAUCAAACGGCGCUGAAAAAAAUUAAGACCGAAGAAAUGUGGUCGCUGUACAUAGAAUGUUUAAUAGAAAUCAAUCAGAAGGCAGGACCUCUGCCAAAUUUUAAAAGAAAGUUAUUAAAAACUGCAUUUAUGCAAGCACAUCAAGCAAAAAAAUUGAUGGAGAAAUACUAUUUGCACUGGGUUAACAUGUUAAAUACCGAGAAAAAAGACGAAACUACUGAAAAAAAAUUAAAAGAAGUUUUGUGCAUGGCAACCGAAACUAUACCGAGUAGCGUAAACCUUUGGCAUGCUAGAUUAAGGUACUUGUUAGUUUCAGGACAAGACGAAGAAGCUGAAACCAUUUUUUCAAAGGCGAUACAAAUCCUCGGAGUAAAAUCGUUACCUUUAUGGAAGAUGAGGAUAUUACAUGCCCAAGCAAAAAGUCCUGAAAAAACAGAAGAAAUAUUCCAAGGAGCAGUACAGGGACAUCCUAACAUUGCUCAAGAAAUAAAACCUACUUACAUCGAAUGGCUGGUCUUAACAAAGAGUAUACAAGCAGCGCGCAAAGUUUACGAUAGUCUUUGUUUGCAACCACCUUUUUCUAUAGAGUUGCACAAAAAAAUGUCGGAACUAGAACUUAUGCAACCCGAGAUAUCAUUGAAACAUGCAAGAAAAUGUCAUGAAAUGUCAACGUUACAAUUUGGCAGGGAUAACGCGAGUGUCUGGAUAGAUUACGUGACGUUUGAAACGAAAUAUGGGGAACCAAAAAAAGUUGGAGAAUUACAUAGAAGAGCAGUGAAAACUUUAGAACCAGGGUUAACGGAUUCCUUUAUUUCAGAAUAUAGUUUAAUUAAAGCGAAUCCAGAUUCCUUAAAUGCGGAUACAUAAUUAAAGUAUUCUCGAACAGAGCAAAAUUUGUAAGACGAAGGUAUGGUUAAGUGAAAUAAUAAACACACACACUUUCUAUA